UACGUUAUUGUGAGAACGCAUGCGCUGUGCUCUCCAUCCUCGGAUGCGCGCAUAAAAGAAAGAGGGAUUUUGAGUGGUCAACAAAUUCCGCUGUGUUUUGGCCUUUUGCGAAUAAUAUAGAAUAGCUACCUAGUUACCUUGCUUUCGGGCAAACCCACGGGUGACCUACAAUUGCAGGAUCCCCUAAAAUCCAAACAUGGCGGAUAAAGAAGUGUAUGACGAUGCAGUUGAGGAGCGGGUGAUCAAUGAAGAAUACAAAAUCUGGAAGAAGAAUACUCCUUUCCUCUAUGACCUGGUGAUGACCCACGCGCUGGAGUGGCCCAGUCUCACUGUGCAGUGGCUACCUGACGUCAACAGGCCGGAUGGAAAGGACUAUGCGGUCCACAGACUGGUACUGGGAACUCACACGUCAGAUGAGCAGAAUCACCUGGUGAUCGCCAGCGUACAGGUCCCCAACGAUGACGCCCAGUUUGAUGCUUCCCACUACGACAGUGAAAAAGGAGCAGAAUUUGGAGGUUUUGGAUCCGUGAGUGGAAAGAUAGAGAUUGAGAUCAAGAUAAACCACGAAGGUGAAGUGAACCGGGCCAGGUACAUGCCUCAGAACCCCUGCAUCAUUGCUACCAAGACCCCCACCUCAGACGUACUGGUCUUUGACUACACCAAGCACCCUUCCAAACCAGAUCCCAGUGGUGAGUGCAGCCCAGACCUGCGCCUGCGGGGCCACCAGAAGGAGGGCUACGGCCUGUCCUGGAACCCCAACCUCAGUGGCAACCUGCUCAGUGCUUCUGAUGACCACACGAUCUGCCUGUGGGACAUUGGUGCUGGUCCUAAGGAGGGGAAGAUAGUGGAUGCUAAGACCAUCUUCACCGGUCACACUGCAGUGGUGGAGGACGUGUCCUGGCACUUGCUCCACGAAUCACUGUUUGGCUCUGUGGCCGACGACCAGAAACUGAUGAUCUGGGACACACGGUCCAACAACACGUCCAAGCCCAGCCAUGCAGUGGACGCCCACACUGCAGAGGUCAACUGUCUGUCCUUCAACCCCUACAGCGAGUUCAUCCUGGCCACCGGCUCUGCAGACAAGACUGUUGCUCUCUGGGAUCUGCGUAACCUCAAACUGAAGCUCCACUCGUUUGAAUCGCACAAGGAUGAAAUCUUCCAGCAGGUGCAAUGGUCCCCUCACAACGAAACCAUUCUGGCUUCCAGCGGAACAGAUAGAAGGCUGAACGUAUGGGAUCUCAGUAAAAUCGGAGAGGAACAGUCUGCUGAAGAUGCAGAGGACGGACCUCCAGAACUCCUGUUCAUCCAUGGAGGACACACAGCGAAGAUUUCUGAUUUCACAUGGAACCCCAACGAGCCAUGGGUCAUCUGCUCCGUCUCCGAGGAUAACAUCAUGCAGGUUUGGCAAAUGGCUGAGAACAUCUAUAAUGAUGAGGAGCCUGACACCCCUGCUUCAGAGCUGGAGGGUCAAGGGUCGUAACCGCCUACUCCACCCCACCUUACCCCAGCCCAACCCACCAACCACCUCCUGGUGCAUCUCUCUCCUCUUGUACAGUAUUUCACAUUGUAGCCUCCAGCUCUACCUGACAGACAUUCUGUUUCCCAUAUAGAAGCAUUCUUCUGGAUUUGGUUUGAUAUAGUGAUCAAGCAGCCCUUACCAGGUACAAAAAGGCUGGUUUCCUGAACACAGAUUUAAGCGUAGUUCUUAACUUAAAAGCAUGUUCACAGUUGACUGUGCUUCUUAGUCCAAGACUAGGCACUCUGUCCGGGAAACUGGUCCAAAGUGUAUAGAAGUUGUUUAUAAAAGGAUACUCAUCUGAGUGAAAUGCUACUGAACCAUGCAGGUGGACCGUUCAACAAAUGCACUUGGUAAAGCAGGGGUUCUUCCUGUCCAAAAAAGGAUUUCCGUUGGUAUCGUUUCUGCUUUGACUUGAGGCAAGUGACUAAAUCAUUUUGAACCUUUGGAUUUUUUGUUUUGUGCAUAAAUUGCAAUAAAGUACUUUUUGUAACUUUUAAACUUAA